AUGGUAGAAAGGCUUCCAGGGGUAGCUCCCCCUAUUCGGAGUAGUAAUCCAGGGUCCUACUCCGGUACACCUUACGUGGAAGAGAUUGCUUCGGUGGAGAUGCCACGCAAAUUCUCCUUCCCAAGCAUAAAGAUGUACGAAGGGAUUCGGGUCGACCUUGACCGUCCUGCUAUUCAGUGGUACAUCAAUCUUCCUACGAAGUCUAUCAAGUCCUUUGCGACCCUUAGCGAUAAGUUCGUGGAGCAAUUCACUAAUAGUCGCAACCUAGAGAAAAACUCAGAUGAUCUCUAUGAAGUCCUCCAGCAUAGGAAUGAACCCCUUCGUUCCUACAUAGCACGCUUCAACCAAGAGAAGGUGGCUAUCCCAGAUUGCAACGCUGAUACGGCUAUUUCGGCCUUCAAUCGGGGCCUACUCCUGGAGGGAGAUCUCUACAAAGAACUGAUUAAAUACAAGUGCAGGACUAUGGAGGAUGUAUUGUCUCGUGUUUGGGCUCAAGUAAGAUGGGAAGAGGAUGUUGCAAGUAGGGCCAAGGCCUAUCAGAAGUACGAUCAGAAGUCCUCGAAGCCGACGGGGAACGAUCACGAUGAGCCCUUUCAUCCCAAGUCAGUUAAAGAGACUAGCAAUCCAGGCAGGGACAGAUAUCAAAAUCGUCUUUUGCCUAGAUCCGAAGGAAUGAUGGUAUCCACAUGGCCCGAUAUCUCUCAUCUUGCGAUAACAAAGCCGGAGCUAAUCGGUGUCCUACGACAAAUGGGUCCUCAAGUCAAAUGGCCUCCCAAGAUGAAGGCCUCAGAGGCUAAUCGAAACGCCAAGCGGUGGUGCGAAUUCCAUAGUGAUCAUGGUCACACUACGGAAGAUUGCAUAGCCCUGAAGAUAGAAGUCGCCGAGCUUCUCAAGAAAGGCCACCUGAGGGAGUUCCUCUCAGACAAGGCCAAGAACCUUCUGAAUAAAGAAGGUCCCGGUCUCCCUACCGAAGCGGCUCCCGCAUUGCCACCACAGCAAGACCGGGUGAUCCAUGUCAUCUUAGGCGGAUCGGAAGUAAGUGGAAUCAGCAGUGCCGCUGCCAAGAGAAGUACUUGCAACGCUAGGAAUGGCCAAGAGGCCGAGGGUCCUAAGCGCCUACUCCUCAGAACGGAUGAGAUCAGCUUCACUGCAUGGGAGCAGGAGAGGGUCCUAGCUCCUCACCACGACGCCCUUGUCAUUUCACUUACCAUAGCGAACUGCUUGGUCAAGCGAAUACUGGUCGACAAUGGGAGCUCCAUCAACAUUAUCUUCCACUCAACUUACGCCGACCUAGGGCUGGAACCUAAGGCCCUAACUAGGAAGGCGACUCCCCUUGUAGGCUUCAGUGGAGAGGUAAAGCAAACUUUAGGGGAAGUUCUUCUCCCAGUAUAUGCCGAGGGGAUAAAUCAGGCCACGAAGUUCCUAGUGGUCGACUGCCCUUCAUCGUAUAAUGUGAUACUAGGAAGGCCUUGGAUCCACGACAUGGGAGCCAUACCUUCGACUCUGCAUCAACUGGUCAAGUUUCCAACUCCCUGGGGCAUUAAGGUGGUCAAGGGAGAUCAGGAAAAUGCCAGGUCCUGCUAUCAGACUACCGUAAAGGGAAAGACCCAUGUCUUAUAG